ACGAAUCCGCCGCAAAAUCCGCUGCACUGCAUCGCGUCAGUUUGCAUUCUAGUGGCCGCGAGCACCAACGUCGAGGGCGCAAGACCCCGCACGAGUUCAGUGCAUUUGCCAGCGUGACCAGUGUAGUGCACCAUCAUGGAUGAUCUGGAUAAAGCUCAGUUGGAACUGCUCCGCAAUGCGUUCAACGCGUUCGAUCAGGAGAAGAAGGGAUGCAUCGGCACGCAGAUGGUCGGUACGAUCCUCAGCAUGUUGGGCCACCAGCUCGACGACAAGAUGCUGAAGGAGAUCAUCGAUGAAGUCGAUGCCGACGGUUCCGGUGAGCUGGAGUUCGAGGAGUUCGUCACGCUCGCGGCCCGCUUCAUGGUUGAGGAGGAUGCCGAGGCGAUGCAGCAGGAGCUGAAGGAGGCCUUCCGUCUGUACGACAAGGAGGGUAACGGCUACAUCACCACCCAGGUGCUGCGCGAAAUCCUCAAGGAGCUGGACGACAACCUGACCAACGAGGAUCUGGACAUGAUGAUCGAGGAAAUCGAUUCCGACGGCUCCGGAACCGUGGACUUCGAUGAAUUCAUGGAAGUCAUGACCGGUGGUGAUGACUAAGCAUCCCGGCGCCGGCAUCGCCUAGCAAUGACUUUUAUGUUCCUUUCGCAAAACCAGCAAUCAUUUCGUCGAGCAAUCGAUCUAAAGAGACAGAAAAAUGCAACCAAAAAAACAGAUCCCACCCAAAGAAUAUUUUUUCCGGUUCUUCUGCUUCGUCCGUAUGCAGCAAACAUCGGGCACCGGCACCAAGGAGGAAGUUGUGCCGUAUAUUUUUCUCCCCGGAACCAACCACAGUCCUUUCUAUUCGCUUCCAACUCUAAAAGCGUCCGUCCAAAAUCAUUCGACACCCGUGAGGAAAGCUGAGCGCGCGGAAACCCGUUACCAUCCAGCCAACGGAGGCCUUCCAUUCGAAGUUUUCACCCUUGUUUGUUGCCAAAGGUUGUUCAAAGUGAUUACAUUCUAUCCGUUCCGUUCGUGGAUUGCAUCCAGCGCUGAUUUGGACGGCUGUGCGGUUGUUUUGCGUGUUUUUCCUUCCCCACUUGGGGUUCGUAUGGAGAGUAUGGGGCGAAAGGAAGGGAAGCGGGGGGUUUCCAUCGGGAAGGGGGAAAAUGCUGUAGGAUGAUGAGAGAUGUUGAUGUUGAUCUUAUAGUUUAAGCGAGCAGUGCAUUGCAAAUAAACAACUUCUGCGGUAUCUCGCGCUGGGAAACCUCGGAGGGCUAC